CCAGAUACUAGAGUCACCUCACGUCUAUCAGUCCUUUACAUGGCCAGAUAUUAAGCAGACAAUGGAGGGUUUUGCACGACAUUAUUGGCAACCAUUUAAUUAUAUACAGACUUAUAUUAUAGGAAUGCUUACGGCAUAUGCUGUCCGAUAUCACCCGAAAGUAUAUCUGGGCGGUCGUUAUGGACACAUAACUUUAUGGAUUAUUACUAUUUGUAUGACUACUAGUAUACUCUAUUGGCAGCGAAACUUUGUUAUGCCCGGCUAUUUGGCCACCAAUUUCAAUGAUUAUGAAAUACCUUUAUACUUAUUGAUUGGAAAACCUUUUUAUUUGACAUCAUUUGUUUGGCUUAUAUAUUGCUGUUCCACUGGCCGGGGAGGCACAUUCAAUGAAAUGUUGGGGUGGAAAGGCUUUAAAGUUAUCGAUAAUUUGGGUCUAGAAAUAUAUAUUAUGCACGUCUUCUUCUUUGUCUACAGAAUUGGUUCGCAACGAGAACUGAGGACUUAUACAGAUUUAGAGGACAGUGCAGAUGAUGACAAUUUUAAUGAAAAUGGCUGUUCAGCUGAUAGUAUGAUAAACUUCUUUAUUGAUAAGUUGACUCCCGAUGACUACGAAGAGGGCAAACAAAAUAUUAAACACACGUUUGGGUCAUUGAAUGAAACGAUUAAAGUUUUUAAUAGACUGGAAAUUUAUGGCAAAAAUGUGAGCGAAAAGUUAUCGGAAUUUACUAAACGAAUGAAUAGUCGAGUGGCAGAAGUGUUGAUGGAAAUGGAUUUAGAGGACCAGUGUAUGCAAUCGUUGGCCAGAAUAAUGAACGGCGCCCGCGAUGGGGACAGAUGGGCACUUAGAUUUUUUGAGGCACAACCUACUCCAUCAAACGGUAUGCUCGAGCUAAGCGGUUCAUCCUAUGGCAACUAUGACCAGUGUCUGAGCAUCGAAAGUCCCGAUGAGUCGGAUAAACCUAAAAUAUAUGGUCAGUAUUGCGGAAUAAAACAACAAAUAUUUGAUAGAAAACAGAUACCGAUGAGUGCUUACGAAGAUAUGUCAAACUAUUUUAAAAAAGAAAUAAACGGUUCCUCAUUAGCCAUAUAUCGCAAUCUAUUGGGAAAGUUAUUUAUGUCACACAGUCUCAAAACUGCCGAACAAUGGCAACAAUUUUUCGAGUUUUCCCAAAACACUAUCCAUGAAGACCUGACACUAAUCAAUGGUCUGUGUUUGCCAUCGACUUGUGAUCCAAAAGACGUUUCCCGAGUAUUAACAAAAUUGAUGUAUCCAAUAACUCAUUUUACUAUUGAAUUAAAUGAAAACUGUGAUUAUAAAGAUAAACCAAUUGUAUUGAAUAAAUAUCAUAUUGUGUCAAUUGUCGGUGUUGGCUCAUUGAUUGCUAUAUUUAUAUUGAGUACAACAAUUGACUUUUUACCAGACAGUCUAUUAAAGAUAAAACUACUAACGAUACCAAUCAUUGGUUUUAUUAUCAAAUGUUUUUCCGGUAAAUCCAACGCACAGUCGAUAUUUGGUUUACAACAAUACGGAAAGUUUAAAGCUUUGGACGGUUUUCGUGCAAUACUAACAUUUUAUUGUGUCGUUUUGCAUACCUAUGAGUUUGGACUGCUGUCUAUGUUUACCCGUAAUCACUAUCAGUCCUCAUCAUAUAAAAUGAUAUUAGAUUAUAGAAAUAUGUAUUUACCAAACAUUUUGCUUAUGGAUAACUUUGUGCUUUUAUCGGGUAAACAAAAUAACUAA